AUGCGUGCCUCACCCAUCUCCUUCCUCCUUUCCGCCUUGCUCCUCUGUCUUGCUGCUGUGGGCGUUCAGGCAGCCACUUGCGACAACAAGUGCAGGGAGCGUGGUCUAGCAGCCUACAUCAAAGCCAUCGUCAGUCACAAGAAGGAGGAUGCGGAUGCGUGAGUAGGACUCUCAACAUCUCGACGUCCUUCCGAAGUGGGCAAAAACCUAACAAGUUCGGUCCGCACAGCAUACCCUUGAAGGAUCCCUUCGCCCGCUUCGAGGUGAGGCAGUCGGGGAGGGUGUCAGUAGCCAGCGCUCGCAGCUGAUCCUCUCUUACGCAUCCUCGAUCGUUCUCAGUCAUUCAAUGGGCUGGGUCCAUUCCAGACCGCCGCCUCCGCCGCCGAGCUCCGCCGGACCACGCAGCUCGGAGCGAGCACGCUGGCUUACAAAUCUUCCGAGAUCAAAUUCACCCAUUACAACAACCAGACCGUUCGCGGAGAGUAUGUGCUGGUGCGUCGGCAAAUUUUUUAUUUGCACGUAAUGCUGGCUGGUGCGCUCACACGCAUCACAAGCUGAACUUUCCCUUAUCUGGCACCGUCGAAAACCCCCCGCAGAGCAUCGGCCUGCUCAGUGGCGUCGUUCCCAUCACCACCACUGCUACCACCACGUAUGCCAACUUCGACGGCAAGAACAUCCAGCGCAUCGAUAUAUAUACCCAAUCUCCGGCUCCAAAGUGA